UCAAGUAAACCUCCGGUCUGGCAGGUGGCGGUAAUGCCGUUUCACGUUAGCCACCCUUCAUGAAAACAUAAAAGAAGAUCCUGCGCCAAGGGAGUUUAACCCCCAAGAUGGCGUCAACGCAGUUAACGGACGAGGAGCUUUUUUCCCAACUGAAAUGCUUUGGUUUUACUCCAGGGCCAGUUACUGAGAACACUCGUCCGGUGUAUUUGAAGAAAUUGAAGAAGUUUCGUGAAGAGCAAAAACAGAAGGGGUUGAAACAAGGUAAAAACCGUGGCAGCGGGGCCAUUAGCAACACUAGCACUAAGUACUCGGCGGUAACAAGGCCAGUUAGACAUGACGUCACGCACCCGAGCACUAGCCGAAGACCGGGCCGGAAGUCUUCCGUCCUCGGCUUUAGCUCCGACGAGUCUGACGCUGAAAUUCCAAUGAAAAGAAAGGGCCUUGGUCAUUCCGGGGGAGCAAACCCGCGCACUGCUUGCCAACAGCAGCCGAAGAUAAAACCGAAUGAGGCUACUAGGAGAGCGUAUGACGCCGAUGCUUUCCGGGACGGAAAUUCAUCCCCGAUUUCAGACCGACAGAAAAAUGCCUCAUUGAGUUGGGGAGUUGUUGAGAGUUCCAAGCAUUACGAUGAAUCAGGGGAUGAAGAUAACAGUGAUGAAGAACCUAAGAAUUCACACUCUGUAAAUGGUCGUGGGGCGUCUCGCCUGAACAGUGGGAAACAAGCUGGAGAGUACUCAGACUCGGAUGAGGAAGUUGCGGGCCCAGGCGCUAGAGAUCGGCAACGGAAUAGAUUGGAACAUUGCCGCAGCCUUUCAAUCGAGCCGUUCUCUUGCCAUGCAGAUUAUUUGCCCUUUAACGUCAAAGAGAGAAAUACUUUGGUUUAUCCAUCCGGGACUCGAAACAUGAUGAGAAGCCAAGGGGAGGAUGAAAAGCUGGACGAAUCAAAAGGACGGGACUUUAACUCACCGGGAAAUUCUCGGGGCCACAUAUUUCUCAAGAAAUCUUACGUGUCCCACUCUGAGGACCAUAAAGGAAAGGCCGGGGAAAACAACCACGUUUACGAUGAAGACGGAAUACUCAGAAAUAAUAGCACAAGUGCGCUUAGCGGUGGGGUGAGACAGCGCUUUUCUAGCUACGGUAGCCCGUGUCAGAUAUACCGGGGGAACCACGCUAAUCACAUCCCUGCUCCAAACCACUCAAUACUAAAGAAAAAGCUAUCAGUACCUGACGAUGAGUUGCUCUUGCAAUUUAAAAGGGAAGAGCAACCGUCUUCUGGUAGCUUUAGCGCCCAUUACCUGUCCAUGUUCCUACUCACGGCAGCCUGCCUCUUCUUUUUGCUGCUUGGCCUCAUGUACCUUAGAAUGAGGGGCUCUGGAUCUUCUGGAGAUGGCGUAGUUAAGAGCCACCCAUUUGGCAGUGAGUUUGAUUCCCUAUAUGACAAAGAAGAAAAAGAUGUGAUCUUAAAGCUCCUUGUCAGUCUUCACGACCACUUGGCCAUCAUUGCUGGACGGCAUGACUGUGGAGACCAUCAGUAUCCUAACAGGAGUCUAUCCAUAGAGGAAGCUUCUGCAUAUUUACUGGUCCAAAAUCUGGAAUUCAAGAAUCUUCUUCAUACUUCUCUCGAGUGGAUCAUUCGGGCGGACCAGGAUGUUGGAAUAAGGCUGAACGGGCAAGUAGCCGAUGAACCUGUGACUGAUGUGUCUGAGAUCUCUUGGCUAGAGUCUACACAUCCCAGGAUGCCCUUCACAUGCCGCUUCCGCCGAGCCUUACUCACAGUCAUGAGCAAAGUCCUUGUUGUUGCAGUUGUUAUUGGCUUUGUGUGGAGUGUGGUCCGCUACGUAAAAUACAGCUGGAAAAGAGAAGAGGAGGAGACAAGGCAAAUGUACGACAUGGUGGAAAGGAUCAUCGAUGUACUGAGAAACCAUGGUGAGGCUUGCCAAGAAAACAAGGACCUGCAGCCCUACUUGCCAAUUCCACAUGUACGAGAUUCCCUUGUCCAACCACAGGACAGAUGGACCCAGCCUGCCCUCACUUGUGAUAAAUCCAACGCAAUGCCCUCCAAAAUGUGGCAAGGAAAAGCUUUCCCUCUAGACCGGAGGAAUUCACCUCCUAACAGUCUCACUCCCUGUCUGAAGAUAAGAAAUAUGUUUGACCCUAUAAUGGAGGUUGGGGAGAACUGGGAUUUAGCCAUCCAUGAAGCCAUCCUGGAGAAGUGCAAAGACAACGAAGGCAUUGUCCAUAUUGCUGUGGACAAGAACUCACGCGAGGGUUGUGUAUAUGUGAAGUGUCUUACUGCAGAGCACUCUGGAAAAGCUUUUAAAGCCCUUCAUGGCUCCUGGUUUGAUGGUAAGCUGGUGACGGUGAAAUAUCUGCGUUUGGACCGAUACCACCAACGCUUUCCACAGGCGCAGGGCAGCAGCACGCCCCUGAGAGCCUUCAGUCUCCGCCAGAACGUCACAAACGCAGUGAACACCACACCUUCACAGCAGCACCAUGGCUCAGCCAACUCUUCAGGCUUCUCAUAAGAUAACCACUUUCUGUGCAUUAACACUGCUGUACCUUCCCAGCCUCACAGCACUUCUCUGCUGUUGCCCAGUCACUAUUUUACAAAAGGAAAGACUUAAGUUUUUUGUCAAGGGAAAUGUAUGCAAUUUUUCCUCUAGUCUUUUCCAAUACAGCCUAUUUGAAAUCAAAGCUGUUAAGUGGUUGCAGUGUUUUUUCUAUAAUCUUUAUAUUUCAGAUGUUAUGGAAUUAAAAACCAAGUAAAGUUUCUCAUGUAUUUAAGAUGUGUGCAUAGAUUUUGACGUUCCCUCUUUCUAAUCUAUAGUUUAACUAAUGCCACAGUGGAGCUAAUUUGGAUAUUGAAUGGAAAUGGCUGUUAUAUAAUCAGCUAUAGUUCUAUAUGUACACUUUCAGUGCUACACUUGCAUUUCUGAGAACAUAAAUCUACUUUCUGCUCAAACAAACCUAAGUAAAUUGUAUAUAUUAAGUUUACCUUAAGGGCACAUUUCUCAUGCAUUAUAACCAUAGCAACAAGCAUAUUCUUAAGGUAAACACAGAUGUCACAAAAGUACCAUUUUGACAUUCCGGAUGGAAAAAUUAACCUGCAAACCCCUUUGUCUUUUUUAAAUUUUUUAUUUUUAAGUCAUGUACUUGUGUGUCCUUGCAGUGCUUUGAAAAUUAAGCUUGUGAGAAACUUUCAAGAAACAAAUUCCAUUUCAGUCAUCUAAAUCCUUCUCCCAAUUUCUACUCCACUAUAUUGCCAAGUUAUAGUUAAUGCUAUCAUUAAUAAAUUUGUUUACCUCUUUAAACAUGGCUUAUUUUUGUUGUUUGUCCUCAUCUAAUUUAUUUUUCUAUUUUAACUGAUGAUUUUAUGUCGGCACACAGGAAAAAAUCUGAAAUACAGAUGUUGGUUAUUUUCUGUAUAAUUGACUUUUUUUGGGGGGUAAUUGCACCCAGUUGUUUUGGUACAACCUUUUCUUCUUUAAUGCAAACACUUCUAUAUUGAAACAGGCCAGCUAAACUUAUCCUAUGUUUGGAACACUAAUUAUAACACAUCCCAUGCACUGUAUGGGAUUAUUACACAUGUAUAUAGACUUAGACUCAACUUUAUUUAUC